CAUCAAAUUUUUUAGAUAAUGAUGUCUCUUCUGUUCUGCCGCGGUAUUGACUCUUAGAGCAUUAGAGCAAUGAGCGCCGCCAACUUAGCAUUUCCCUCCUCUGCGUUCCGUCGUUGAAGCAUAAACAGACCAUCACAGCUCAGCUCAACUCACCGCAAAUAUGAAAUAUAGGGUUUCGCACAGGUUCCCAGUGCUUCCUCGCCAUACUCGAUUCCUUAACCACACUCGUUCGUCCUUCACUUCCUUCGCAAAAAGGUUUCAAACUACUCAAACUCGAGCUUCCAUCAAUGGGGGAAGUGGAAAUUCUCAAGGGGAUUCUUAUCUUGUACCUGGUGCAACAGUAGCUACCAUUCUCAUGCUUGGUGUUCUCCAUGGCCGUAGAAUGUAUGAUGACAAGAAGGCUGAAGAGAUGCGUGAUAAAGGAAUUGAGAUUGAAUUCCAACCUGAUGUAAAGGCGACAUUUUUGAGAUUAUUGCCUCUGCGUUCAAUUUCUAGAUGUUGGGGAUUCCUGACAAGCUUGGAAAUCCCAGUGUGGUUAAGGCCACAUGUCUAUAGAGCUUGGGCUCGGGCAUUCCAUUCGGAUUUGGAAGAAGCUGCUUUGCCUCUAGACAAGUAUGCCUCUUUAAGGGAAUUUUUUGUCCGCACUUUGAAAGAAGGUUCCAGGCCUAUUGAUGAUGAUCCGUUAUGUCUGGUUAGUCCUGUGGAUGGUACAGUUUUAAGAUUUGGGGAGUUAAAGGGAUCUGGGGGAAUGAUUGAACAAGUUAAAGGGUUUUCAUACUCGGUAUUUUCUCUUCUUGGUGCAAGCCCUUCCCUUCCAACAAAGGUUGAUAGUGAGGUGCAAGAGGAGCAGAGCGAAUCAAUGACAACAACUGAGAAAAGCAAGAAAUCAUGGUGGAGAAUUUCAUUCGCUUCUCCAAAGGUCUGGGACCCUACAUCAUCAUGCCCAAAGAGAGGUCUCUUUUACUGUGUGAUUUACUUAAAGCCUGGUGAUUACCAUCGGAUACAUUCCCCAGCUGACUGGAAAAUUCUUGUUCGCAGACAUUUUUCUGGCCGUCUUUAUCCAUUGAAUGAAAGAGCUACAAGAACAAUCAGAAACCUCUAUAUUGAGAAUGAGAGGGUUGUUCUUGAAGGUCUCUGGCAGGAAGGGUUUAUGGCACUUGCUGCAAUUGGUGCCACAAAUAUUGGAUCAAUUGAGCUUUUCAUUGAGCCCGAACUUCAUACUAACAAGCCAAAAAAGAAGUUGCUACCUUCAGAGCCUCCUGACGAACGGGUUUACAUAAGUGAAAGUGAAAGUAUUGGUAGGAUGCUCAAGAAAGGUGACGAGUUUGCUGCUUUCAACAUGGGAUCGACAGUUGUUCUUGUUUUUCAAGCUCCGAUUCCAAAACUUGUCCAUGAGGAUAAUUCAUCAGAGGAGUUCAAAUUCUGUGUCAAACCUGGGGAUAGAAUUCGUGUUGGUGAGGCUCUAGGGAGGUGGCAUACUUCAUAACAAGCUAACUUUUGUGCAUUUGAUUAUAUUUAUUAAUCAACUCCAUUUUGAAGAGAAGGAUAAUCGUGCCACGUUUGGAUGUGUUCCAUAUCUAAUCCGUGACACUGUUAAUUUCCGCAAUUGAGAGAUUUGAGAGAUCUCUAUUUUGAAGAGAAGGUUAAUCGAGCCUUUGCACGGAUCCUUUGUAAUUAAGUAUAGCACAAGUUAUAUCAACAGUUUUGAGACAUACGUGAAAAGAAAUUGAAGUUUUUCA